ACGGACCACGGUUCUCCUGUGGAGCGGGGGCUCUAAGAACUGGAAAAACUAAGCCAUUUGUAAUUCUCCACUGUACUAGUCGUUGGCGAGGUCUGUUUCAUGUUUCUUACUUUGUUUAUUUAUUAGGGAAAGAAAUCCCUGAUCAAUAGAGAUGGAUCCACAUGCAAUAAAUCUUCUGUUCUGGCACCUUCCCAAAUCAAUAAGGGCGAGGCGACAGCAGCGAGGAGACGAAGCCCUUAAAGGCGCCAGCUUUUCUUCUGUUCCAUUUGGUCUCCUCUUGAUUCCUCUUUAAACGAUUUCAUCUUCUGCACAUCAUCAGCUCAUCAGCUGAUCCUUUCCGUCGUAUUUCCGAGCAAAAGAGAAACCCUUUUUAUGCGCUGUGCUGUUUUGCCAUCUCUGUUCGUCCCACCGACUCGAAUCCCCAUUCUCCCCAACCGAGUGGCCUCUGGCGUCACAAAACAAGAACACGACCGGUUCCUAUUCCCUAGAUCUGCGUAGAGGCGGCGAGACACCCGAAUCCGGCAAAAGGGUUCGCUGUUUGAUUGGGAAAAGCGCAGGAGUCCGGCGUCAAAACCCAAUCUUGGCGCCGGAGCAGCCGUGCGCCAUCAUCUUCUCCGUGUGUUGUUAGGGAGAGGAGAAGACCAGUGGAGAUGGUGCCGUGGGAAGGGUACAUCAGCGACGAGACGAUGGGCACCUUCGCGCCCAUCGUGCUCUACUGGGUGUAUGCCGGCGGCUACCAGCUUAUCCUUCACCGCCGGCCGCUUGAGCGGUACAGGCUCCACACGCGGGCCGAGGAGGAGGAGAAGAACCUCGUCAGUCUCCCCACCGUCGUCCGCGGCGUACUCCUGCAGCAGCUUGUGCAGGCCAUCGUCGCGAUGAUCUUGUUCAUGGUCACUUCUGAUAGCUCAAUAACUGUUGUUCAGCCACCUAUUGUCGUCCAGAUCUUUCAGUUUUUAAUUGCAAUGCUAGUGAUGGACUCAUGGCAAUACUUUGUGCACCGCUACAUGCACCAAAAUAAAUUCUUAUAUCGGCACAUCCACUCGCAACAUCAUAGACUGAUUGUUCCUUAUGCUAUUGGAGCUCUGUACAACCAUCCAUUGGAGGGCCUACUUUUGGAUACCUUAGGAGGUGCCAUCUCCUUCUUGGUCUCCGGUAUGACGCCAAGGACUGCUGUGUUCUUCUUCUGUUUCGCCGUCCUCAAGACAGUCGAUGAUCACUGUGGGCUUUGGUUACCAUAUAACAUCUUCCAGCACCUGUUCCAAAAUAAUACUGCCUAUCACGACAUCCACCACCAGCUGCAAGGAACCAAAUACAACUACUCCCAGCCCUUCUUCUCAAUCUGGGACAGAAUACUAGGAACCCACAUGCCAUACGACUUAGUGAGCAGGAAAGAAGGUGGAUUUGAAGCAAGACCAUUGCGAGACUAGCUUGAAGUCAUGGAAGUGUAUAGACUCCGGUGAAUGAGUCAGAAUACGGUGCUUAGCCUCCCUUUCACAUGAUUAGGAGCUCCCAACAGGGGCCAUCUAAUUUACUUCCAAGAUGAUGAAGGUGUUCUGGCAAUUGGUGGCUUAGUCUACAUCUUGGUUGAGUCUACACGCUACUUAAGCAGAGGUCGAAGCUCAUGCAUUGCUUGCUCUUUUGAGUGCGGUCUAUAUGGUCUGCGCGUUCAACUGGUUGUACGAAUGGUUUUACCUGUCAUGGUUACUUUUUUGUGCAGAGCUGCCAUUUACAUUGCUGCGCAGAUAGUGUAUUUGAAAAUCCACACUUCUGUAUGUACCCAAUUAUUUGUGUAAUUGAACCUGGUCGUGAUCGACACCUUCGGCGCUAUCUUUGGCUACUACUGACUGUAUAGUUGUAUUAGAUCCACUACGGGUAAACUUUCACUUGUUCUGAUGUAUCCUUCACUUUCACCUCUUGAAACACAGUUGCGUGAUAAUUCAGAUAAUCUCGACGAUCUGUAUAGUAUGGUUCUUUUAACAAAUAUAUGGUUCGAUGGAUGGGAAA